UAACAUCUAUGAUCUGAGCCCUGCUGAAGACUUUCACUUUACCUCUGUUGGGAUUAACUUUUCCGCCUCAGACUAAGGAUAUUUAUUUUGACGCAACAUCUGGAGCCCCUAACUGCGGAUCUAUGCGAACCCAACGCGGGACUCCAACACGUUUGUGAAGCUGAAGAGGAGGAAUGUAUCGUUUCUUAGUGAAACUGACAUUUCUGAUUCCAGCGAUCGUCCUCUCACAAGGUUUAAAAUGCUCCCUGCCAACUGAGUCGUGCCUAAAUGGAGGAAGAUGUGAAGCCAACUCAAAUGGAGAUGGAGAGUGCAAGUGUUCCAGUGACUACAUAGGAGAUCGAUGCCAAUACCCAAGCCCCUGCAGCCCUUCACCCUGCCGCAACGGUGGCGAAUGCCACGCUGUCUCCCAUGGCAACACGUUUGAUUUCCACUGCGUAUGCCGCCUGGGUUUCACCGACAGACUGUGCCUGACUCCCAGGAACCAUGCUUGCAUGAGCUCCCCCUGUCGCAAUGGAGGAACAUGUGAUCUUAUCAGUCUCAGCAGCUUCCGCUGCCGCUGCCCACCGGGAUGGUCAGGCAAAACCUGCCAGACUGCAAACCCAUGUGCAUCCAAUCCAUGUGCGAAUGGUGGUCAGUGCUUAGCUUUAGAUUCCACCUACAAGUGCACCUGCCCUUCCAACUUCCAAGGACAAACCUGCAAGCAAGAUGUAAAUGAAUGUGCCCAGAGUCCGUCUCCAUGUCGUAAUGGUGGCUUGUGUGUCAAUGAAGUUGGCUCCUACCAUUGCCGCUGUCCUCAAGAGUUUACUGGUCAACACUGUGAGACCCCUUACUCUCCAUGCAGCCCCUCACCAUGCCAGAACGGAGGCACGUGUGUCCAGAAGGGAGAAACCAACUACGACUGUAGCUGCCUUUUAGGCUUUACAGGCCAGCACUGUGAGCAUAACAUCGAUGACUGUCCAGAUCACAACUGUCAGAAUGGUGGCGUGUGUGUUGAUGGAGUCAGCACCUACAAUUGCCAGUGCCCACCUCAUUACACAGGUCAGUACUGCACUGAAAACGUGGAUGAGUGCGAGCUGAUGCCCAAUGCAUGUCAGAAUGGAGGAACGUGCCAUGACACACACGGCAGCUACCACUGUGUGUGUGUCAACGGCUGGACAGGUGACGACUGCAGCGAGAACAUCGACGACUGUGCCAGUGCCGCCUGCUACAACGGCGCCACCUGCCAUGACCGCGUGGCCUCAUUCUUCUGCGAGUGUCCACAUGGACGCACAGGUUUGUUGUGCCACCUUGAUGAUGCCUGCAUCAGCAAUCCUUGUCAGAAGGGUUCUAACUGUGACACCAACCCAGUAAAUGGCAAGGCAAUAUGCACCUGUCCUCCAGGCUACGCAGGAUCAGCCUGCAACCAGGAUAUCGAUGAGUGCUCCCUCGGUGCCAACCCUUGUGAGCACGGUGGCCGCUGCCUCAACACCUUAGGCUCUUUCGAGUGUAAGUGUCUUCAAGGAUACGAAGGACCUCGAUGCGAGAUGGAUAUUAAUGAAUGCAUGUCUAAUCCCUGCCAAAAUGAUGCCACCUGUCUAGACCAGAUUGGAGGAUUCCACUGCAUCUGUAUGCCAGGAUACCAGGGUGUGUUCUGCCACAUUAACACAGAUGAAUGUACCAGCCAACCUUGUCUUAACAAUGGAAAAUGCAUUGACAAGAUAAACUCAUUUCACUGCGAGUGUCCCAAAGGAUUUUCAGGAAAUCUGUGUCAGGUGGAUAUUGAUGAGUGUUCCAGCACACCCUGUAAGAAUGGAGCCAAAUGUACUGAUGGACCCAAUAAGUACACAUGUGAAUGUGCUGAAGGUUACACAGGGCAGCACUGUGAGAUUGACAUCAACGAGUGUUACUCGGAUCCUUGCCACUAUGGCACAUGCAAAGACGGGCUGGCCUCCUUCACCUGCUAUUGCCACCCUGGCUACACCGGGCGCCUGUGCGAAACCAACAUCAACGAGUGUCUCAGCCAGCCAUGUAAGAAUGGAGGCACUUGCCAGGACAGGGAGAACUCAUACAUCUGUUCCUGCCCCAAAGGCACUGCAGGCUUCAACUGUGAGGUGAACCUGGACGACUGCAAGAGCCAACCCUGCGACUAUGGGAGAUGCAUUGACAAGAUCAAUGGCUACGAGUGUGCAUGUGAGCCAGGUUACACAGGCACAAUGUGUAACAUCAACAUAGACGACUGUGUCAUCAACCCUUGUCACAAUGGUGGCACAUGCGUUGAUGGUGUUAACAGCUUCACAUGCCUCUGCCCUGAGGGCUACCAUGAUGCCACCUGUUUGUCAGAGGUGAACGAAUGUGCCAGCAACCCCUGCAUCCACGGCCGAUGUCAGGACCUCAUUAAUGGCUACAAAUGUACCUGUGACUCGGGCUGGAGCGGCCAGAACUGCAAUAUUAAUAACAACGAGUGCGAGUCCAACCCCUGUAUGAACGGAGGAACAUGCAAGGACAUGACCAGCGGGUACCACUGCACAUGCAGAGUUGGCUUCACCGGACCUAACUGCCAAACUAACAUUAAUGAGUGUGCCUCCAAUCCCUGCCUCAACCAAGGAACCUGCAUUGAUGAUGUGGCUGGAUACAAGUGCAACUGUUUGCUGCCUUAUACUGGUGAAAACUGUGAGACCCUGCUGGCCCCUUGCAGCCCCCGAGCAUGCAAAAAUGGAGGAAUAUGUAAGGAGGCUGAAGACUUUCAGAGCUUCUCUUGCAUCUGUCCUGAAGGAUGGCAAGGUCAGACAUGUGAAAUUGACAUCAAUGAAUGCGUUAAGAGCCCAUGCCGCAACGGUGCCGUGUGUCUCAACAACAUGGGUGGUUUUCAGUGCAAAUGCCAGCCGGGUUACACCGGCACAUGGUGUGAGACGGACAUUGACGACUGCAAACCAAAUCCUUGCAGUAAUGGAGGUUUGUGCCGCGAUGGUGUCAACAGGUUCACGUGUACCUGCCUGCCCGGGUUUCGUGGCAGCAGGUGUGAGCAUGACAUAAACGAGUGUGAGAGCAACCCCUGUAAAAACGGCGCUAAUUGCACCGACUGUGUCAACAGCUACACCUGCACCUGCCCACCUGGCUUCAGUGGCAUCAACUGUGAGAUCAACACCAAUGACUGCACCGACAGCUCUUGUUUCAAUGGCGGCACUUGUGUGGAUGGGAUUAACACCUUCACCUGCCUGUGUCUAACUGGAUUCACUGGAAGCUACUGCCAAUACGAUAUCAAUGAGUGUGACUCCAAACCAUGCCUCAAUGGAGGCACCUGUCUCGAUGGUUAUGGGACUUACAAGUGCACCUGUCCUCAUGGCUACACAGGAGUCAACUGUCAGAGUCUUGUGCGCUGGUGCGACUCCUCCCCUUGUAAAAACGGAGGAUCUUGCUGGCAGCAGGGAGCCUCCUACACUUGCCAGUGUCAGACUGGAUGGACUGGCCUCUACUGUGAUAUCCCAAGUGUCUCAUGUGAAGUUGCUGCCAAACGGCAAGGUGUUGAAGUAUCUCAGCUGUGUAGGAACUCAGGCCAGUGUCUGGAUGCUGGAAACACACAUUACUGCCGCUGCCAGGCUGGCUACACCGGGAGUUACUGCCAGGAACAGGUGGAUGAAUGUUCACCUAAUCCUUGCCAGAACGGAGCCACCUGCAAUGAUUAUCUAGGAGGUUACAGUUGUGAGUGUGUCCCUGGUUACCAUGGUGUGAACUGCUCAAAAGAGAUCAAUGAAUGUCAGUCUCAACCCUGCCAGAACGGAGGCACCUGCAUCGACCUCAUCAACACUUAUAAAUGCUCCUGUCCUAGAGGGACACAAGGUGUCCACUGUGAGAUUAAUUUGGACGACUGCAACCCCCCCAGCGACCCACUUACAAAUGAGCCCAAGUGCUUCAACAAUGGAAAAUGUGUAGAUCGCAUUGGAGGCUACCAGUGUUUGUGCCCACCGGGUUAUGUAGGUGAACGCUGUGAGGGUGACGUCAACGAAUGCCUGUCUAACCCUUGUGACUCCAGAGGGUCAUACAACUGCAUCCAGCUCCCCAACAGCUACCGCUGUGAAUGCCGAACCGGAUAUACAGGGCAACGUUGUGACAAGGUGUUUGAUGGCUGCAAGGGAAGGCCCUGCAGGAACGGAGGAACAUGUGCUGUUGCCAGUAACACACCUCAUGGUUUUAUCUGCAAAUGUCCACCUGGCUUUACUGGCUCUUCUUGCGAGUAUGAUUCUCGCUCCUGCGGCAGUCUGAAUUGCAGGAAUGGCGGUACAUGUGUGUCAGGUCACCUGGGGCCACGCUGCCUGUGCCCCUUAACAUUUACUGGGCCUGAGUGUUUAACCCCCACUGACAGCCUCUGCAUCUCAAACCCCUGCUACAACGGCGGUACCUGUCAGAUCACUCCCGAAGCUCCAUUUUUCCAGUGCAGCUGUCCCAGUAACUUUAACGGCCUACUUUGCCACAUACUGGACUACUCCUUUGUCGGGGGGUUCGGCCGGGAUAUCACGCCGCCUCCAGAAGUGGAGGUGAGCUGUGAGAUUCCCCAGUGUGACGAGUGGGCGGGUAACCACAUCUGUGACUCGCUGUGUAACAACCAUGCUUGUGGCUGGGACGGAGGUGACUGCUCGCUCAAUUUUGAUGAUCCCUGGCAAAAUUGCUCAGCUGCUCUGCAGUGCUGGCGAUACUUCAACAAUGGGAAGUGUGACGGCCAAUGUAACAGCCCGGGGUGUCUCUAUGAUGGCUUUGAUUGUCAAGGACAGGAAGGGCAGUGCAACCCUCUUUAUGAUCAGUAUUGUAAAGAUCACUAUGCUGAUGGUCACUGUGACCAGGGCUGCAACAAUGCAGAAUGUGAAUGGGACGGCCUGGACUGUGCCAACAACAUGCCAGAGAAGCUUGCAGAUGGACAUUUAGUUUUGGUUGUCCAUAUACCCCCAGAGCAGCUUAAGAACCGCUCGUCAUCCUUCCUCAGAGAGCUGAGCAGUGUUCUCCACACUAAUGUAGUGUUCCGCCGUGAUGCAAAAGGAGAGCCAAUGGUCUUUCCUUACUAUGGCAAUGAACAAGACCUGGUGAAACACAAUGUGCUGAAGCGCUCUGCGGAUGGCUGGCCUGAGUGGGCUUCAAUGCCAGCCAAUGUUUUGGAUCAGAUGAAGGAGAGUCUGUCUUCCAUUGGCAGCCAACGGAAACGGAGAGAAUUGGAUCCUGUGCAAGUCAAAGGAUCAAUUGUAUACCUGGAGAUUGACAAUCGUCAGUGUUACCAGCAGUCUUCUGAAUGCUUCCAGAGCGCUACAGAUGUGGCUGCCUUCCUUGGAGCACUGGCGACCAGUGGGAACCUCAAUGUUCCUUAUAUUGAAGCAGUGACAAGUAUGAGACCUACUCCCCCCCCAACAGAGUUUUACCCCAUGUAUGUAGUAAUCCUGGGCUUGGCUGUUUUGGGUUUCAUAUGCCUGGGUGUCAUAGUGUCUCGUAAGCGGCGUCGAGAGCAUGGCCAGCUUUGGUUUCCGGAGGGAUUUAGAGUAUCGGAACCCAGCAAAAAGAAACGCAGGGAGCCGCUCGGAGAGGAUUCUGUUGGACUGAAACCAAUGAAGAACUCAGACAGCAACCUUAUGGAUGACAAUCAAACUGAAUGGGGAGAUGAUGAUCCAGACUGCAGGCACUUCAGGUUUGAGGAGCAGGCGAUGUUGGAUUUGAGUGAUCGUACAGACCAGAGGAAAUGGACCCAGCAACACCUGGAUGCAGCUGACCUGCGGAUAACGUCUAUUGCCCCAACACCUCCUCAGGGAGAGAUUGAGAAUGACUGCAUGGAUGUCAAUGUCAGAGGACCGGAUGGUUUCACGCCCCUAAUGAUCGCCUCCUGCAGUGGUGGAGGACUGGACACCGGCAACAGUGAAGAGGAAGAGGAUCCAUCAACAGAAAUAAUUUCCGACUUCAUUUACCACGGAGCCAACCUACAUAACCAGACUGACCGCACAGGCGAGACUGCCCUCCACCUGGCUGCUCGCUACGCCCGCUCAGAUGCUGCCAAGCGCCUCCUGGAGUCCAGCGCAGAUGCCAAUGUACAGGACAACAUGGGUCGCACACCGUUGCACGCUGCUGUGGCUGCGGAUGCACAGGGAGUGUUUCAGAUUUUAAUCCGAAAUCGAGCCACCGAUCUUGAUGCCCGCAUGCAUGAUGGAACAACACCUCUGAUUCUGUCUGCGCGAUUGGCUGUCGAAGGCAUGGUUGAAGAACUUAUCAACUGUCAUGCUGACGCUAAUGCUACUGAUGAUUCUGGAAAAUCUGCUUUGCAUUGGGCUGCUGCUGUAAACAAUGUGGAGGCUGCUUUGGUGCUGCUCAAAAACGGUGCCAACAAAGACAUGCAGGACAACAAGGAGGAGACACCACUGUUUCUUGCAGCGCGUGAAGGCAGCUAUGAGACAGCAAAAGUUCUUCUGGAGCACUUUGCCAACCGUGAAAUUACUGACCAUCUUGACCAGCUGCCCCGAGAUAUCGCUCAAGAACGCAUGCAUCAUGACAUAGUCCGCCUCCUAGAUGAGUAUAACGUGGUUCGGAGUCCUGGGCUGCACAGUGCCCCCUUGAGCACCUCCACCUUCUCCCCUCCUCUCUGCUCACCCAAUGACUAUCUCAGCAACCUCAAACCGACUCCCUCUGGGAAAAAAGUUCGAAAGCCGAGCUCUGGUGGGAAGGGAGGGAAGGAUGGAGGAAAGGAUAUCAGGGUGAAGAAGAAGAAGCCAAUGGAUGGAAAGAGUAACUUGUUAGACACAACUGCUGUCCUGUCCCCUGUUGAGUCACUUGAGUCACCUCAUGGCUACCUGUCCGAUGUGGCUUCUCCUCCUAUGCCGUCACCUUUCCAGCAGUCGCCGUCUAUGUCCUUAAAUCACCUACCAGGCAAUGCGGACCCCCAUACAGGCCAGAUUAAUAUGGGUAAGGAUAUGAGUUGCAUGUCUUUUGAUCCCCCCCGCCUCACCCACCUGCCUGUGUCCAGCCCCAGCCGCCAGGCCACAACAUCUGUAGGUGGCAGCAGAGGAGGCCAGUGCGAUUGGCUCUCCAGGAUGCAUCCAGGUGUGAGCCAGCAGGGAAGCUUCACUCAAGGGCCGCCGAUAACACACAACAUGAUAGGCGCCCUGCAUGGCGUCAGUACUGCCACUUUGUCCCAGAUCAUGGGCUACCAGAAUCUGUCAACCAGCCACCUGGGCUCAUCCGCGCACAUGAUGCAGCAGCCUCGUUCCCGGCAGCUGCAGCACCAGAACUCCAAUUCCACCACGGCCGGCCAAAGUCUGAGCCAGAGCUUCCCAAACAUUGAGCUUAACGCCGCUGACAUGCAGCCAAACAGCAUUCACACUGUAUUGCCACAAGAGACGCAGAUGCUUGGCACCCAGUUUCCCACUCCUCCCUCCCAACAUAGCUAUACAGGACCUAUGGACAAUACGCCUAACCACCAGCUACAGGUGCCCGACCAUCCGUUUCUAACCCCUUCCCCUGGUUCUCCUGACCAGUGGUCCACCUCUUCCCCACAUUCCAACUUGUCCGACUGGUCAGAGGGCAUCUCCAGCCCGCCAACAAGUAUUCACUCACAGAUUAAUCUAAUUCCAGACCAGUUUAAAUAGAGACUUUAAUGCACAGAGCUCAUAAACAAAAACACAAAUUCUGCCAGAAAGACAGUAAAAAACUUUUCUCAAGACUGAAAACUCUUCUUUUUCAUCAGUUUUUAAACUAAUAAGAUCAGUUUUAGUUAUUUUUGUAUUUAUUUAUGUGCUUUUUGAACUGAAAAAAGAUUUUAUAUUUAUCCUUUUUGUUUGUGUUUUUUUUUAAGUAUGAGAACAUUAAAAACUGUCAAAAAGGAGUGUGUAUCAGAGAGAAAGCCUCCUUGAUGUGUACACUGGUUAUUUAUUUGUUUCAUGUAGAUAUAUUCACUGGAUUUAUUUGAAUCUUUUCCAUCAAUUUUACGCAAACAAAUUUUAUUUGCGGGUUAUGGUCUGUUUUAUGUUUGUAUAUAUUUUUAUUCCCAACAUUUAUAGAAUAUUUCAAAUGUUCAGUGUUAAUUAAAUAUAUUUUAACCUCCUUUUGUCUUUUUUAGGUGACUUGUUUUGUUACUGAACUACAUUUCACUAAGUCUUAUCACUGAGUCUGUGUUAGACAUUGAUUUAAUAUAUUUAUAUUAAGUGUCACCUCUCCUUAAAAGCUUGUUACACUGUCUUAUUUGAUAUGCAUUUGGCAGAGUAAUAGACAUAAGAGGAUCUGGAGAUUUCUUGGACCUUUUUAAGCAAAAAAACUAAUAUUUCUCAGUGGUUAAGAGACUCUGAGCCUAUUUUUUAUUCAAUAUUGGUCUGGGCUGGUGCUGGUGCUGAGUUAUUGAUUGGUGGUUAUUUAUGAUGCAAGGAUUGCUUCUUUGUCUCAUAUUGCUUUACGAAUCAUUGAUUAUGGUUACCGUGUUUAACCUGUGCAGUGUUAAAGUUGCAGACCUUAUGUAGAAUGUUGAAAUGUUACAUUUGCCACUGUUUUAAAAAGUGCCAGUGUGAUUUUUUUUAUUCGUUUUUCUUACGAAAAGCAAUGUAUUUUUUGAGAUUUCUUGUAAAAUUGUCUUUAAGGGGGACACAUUGUUUGUAAAAGAUGUGGGGACCUUCCUGUGUUUAAUGACAUAAUCUUCUGUGUGGUAAGAAGUGGUUCUGGGUGUCUACAUGUCAUGUUUUAUAAACUAAUCCAGAGGUAAAGAUGUUUUUAAGAUGAGUGUAACUGAAUCUUCAUGCACAGUUGUAGUUUGAUAAGAAAUAUUUCCAAAUUAAAAAUGUUUUGUAAAUUGUCAUGAUUGAAUAAAAAGAUACGAUUAAAGCUA